AUUUAUACCCCACCCCCUACAAAUAGCCGACAGUGUGAUCUAGAAUGUCCUACUCGAAAGCUAAACUUCAACUUGCAGCUUGUUUCUAUGCAUGCUCGAGCAAAUCACGACCAAGCUUUUCCUCCGUACCAAUAAUAUUUCACUUCGAGAUUCCAAAAUAAACAUACAUCCGAAGUUUUAUAUAAACCCCUCCUUAGCGCUCCGUUUAGGCACCAAACCAAAUUAUAUGACUACCUCCAGCCCCCAGUACCUAUCUAGCUGUCCCUGAUCUCCUCCCUCCAAGCUAUCUUGUUUGCAUAGACCUACCUGAUCCCGUGUCCUUCCAAUGGCGCCUCCGAGCUUAAGCAAAGACACUCUAGAGGUAAUGAACCGUCUCCUUGAUGGCAACAUAGCACCCUUGUCCAUAACCUUGGAAGGAUCAAACUUUCUUGCUAGUGGCCAUCCAAUUCUCACUGAAGUCCCUCUCAACAUUGUGGCCACACCCUCGUCAUCAACCUUUGACGUCUCUCUAGAAAAGACCAAGAACAUGAACAUGGUCGGCUGCUUCGUGGGGUUCGAUGCUGAGGAGCCGAAGAGCCGUCACUUGGUUCCCGUCGGCAAGCUCAGGGGGAUAAGAUUCAUGAGCAUAUUCAGGUUCAAAGUCUGGUGGACAACGCACUGGGCCGGAAUCUGCGGUGGGGAUACAGAACACGAGACCCAGAUGAUGAUUUUGGAGAACAAUAUUGACCUCGGGCGCCCCUACGUUCUCAUGCUUCCACUCAUUGAGGGGCCAUUCAGAGCAUCUCUGCAACCUGGGAUUGAUGACAACGUGGACGUCUGCAUGGAGAGCGGCUCCACACGUGUCUGCGCGUCCAGCUUCAGGAGCUGCUUGUACAUGCACGUGGGAGAUGAUCCUUAUAAUCUAGUCAAGGAGGCCAUGAAAGUGAUCAGGGCCCACUUGGGAACCUUUAGGCUUCUCGAAGAGAAAACCCCACCAGGUAUAGUUGACAAGUUCGGUUGGUGCACUUGGGAUGCAUUUUACCUUAAAGUGCAUCCCAUGGGGGUUUGGGAAGGGGUCAAGGGCCUUGUGGACGGUGGGUGCCCUCCAGGAAUGGUCCUGAUUGAUGAUGGGUGGCAGUCCAUUUCUCAUGAUGAUGACCCCAUCAGCGAUGAUCAGGAGGGCAUGAAUCGGACGGCUGCUGGUGAACAAAUGCCAUGUAGGCUCAUAAAGUUUGAGGAAAAUUAUAAGUUCAGGGGCUACCAAAGCCCUAGAUCUAGAGGGGCAUCUGAUAAAGGGAUGGGUGCCUUUGUCAGGGACCUUAAGGAAGAGUUUAAGAGCGUAGAGCAUGUGUAUGUAUGGCAUGCACUUUGUGGGUAUUGGGGUGGGGUUAGACCCAAUGUCCCAGGCAUGCCGGAGUGUAGGGUCAUUGCUCCUAAGCUAUCUGAGGGAUUGAAGAUGACAAUGGAAGAUCUGGCGGUGGACAAGAUCGUGAACAAUGGGGUGGGGUUGGUCCCACCGGAGCUCGUCCACAAGAUGUACGAGGGGCUUCACUCGCGUCUUGCGUCGGUGGGAAUUGACGGCGUCAAGGUCGACGUUAUACACUUGCUUGAGAUGCUAUCAGAGGAAUUUGGUGGUCGGGUUGAGCUGGCCAAAGCUUAUUACAAGGCCUUGACUGCUUCUGUUAGGAAACACUUCAAAGGAAAUGGUGUCAUUGCUAGCAUGGAGCACUGCAAUGACUUCAUGUUCCUUGGAACUGAGGCCAUAGCGCUUGGACGUGUUGGAGAUGAUUUUUGGUGCACUGACCCCUCGGGGGAUCCAAAUGGGACAUUUUGGCUUCAAGGGUGUCACAUGGUGCACUGUGCCUACAACAGCUUGUGGAUGGGGAAUUUCAUACACCCAGAUUGGGACAUGUUCCAAUCUACUCACCCAUGUGCCGAGUUCCACGCCGCAUCCCGGGCUAUUUCUGGUGGACCGAUUUAUGUAAGCGACUCUGUUGGAAAGCACAACUUUGAGUUGCUUAAGAGCCUAGUGUUGCCUGAUGGGUCUAUUUUGCGAUGCCAAUACUAUGCUCUUCCCACUAGAGAUUGCCUAUUUGAAGAUCCACUACAAGAUGGGAGAACAAUGCUCAAGAUUUGGAACAUUAACAAAUACACGGGAGUUCUAGGACUCUUCAACUGUCAAGGUGGAGGGUGGUGCCCUGAAUCCAGGCGUAACAAAAGCGCCUCAGGAUUUUCACACGCUGUCACCUGCUCGGCAAGUCCCAGGGAAAUCGAGUGGAACAAUGGAGAACACCCAAUUCCAAUAAAAGAGGUUGAUAUAUUUGCUGUAUAUAUUUUCCAGGAAAAGAAACUGAAGCUCUUGAAGUCAUCAGAUCAGGGGAUGCACAUUUCACUUGAGCCAUUUACUUUUGAGCUUCUAACUGUUUCCCCAGUGACGUUGCUAUCGAAUAAAUCAAUUCAAUUUGCACCAAUCGGAUUAGUGAACAUGCUAAACUCCGGUGGUGCAAUUCAGUCGCUUGAAAUUGAUGAUGAAGAAAAAUUGGUAAAAGUUGGAGUGAGGGGAAGUGGAGAACUGAGAGUGUUUGCAUCAGAGAAACCAAUGGGUUGCAGGAUUGAUGGAAUGGCUGUUGAGUAUAGUUAUAGUGAGAAGAUGAUCAUUGUGCAAGUUACCUGGUCUAAAUCCUCAAGAUUAUCAGUAGUUGAGUACUCAUUUUGAGUUAGAAAGGAUGCGGCUCGUAGAAUAUAAGUGCUAAUUGUUAUAUGGUGUAAUCGAAGUUCAAACAAUGCAAGUCUACUCUGCAGGUGCAGGCUAUCCACCCCCCCUUCCCUCUUUUUCUAUAUAUCUUCUCUUUCUCA